AUGGAAAACACUACAACUCAGAAUGUAACAGGGAAUUUCUUAAACAGUUCGGAUACUCUAAAUGGAACUGGCAGUCGUGGACCGACUCAUAGUUCACAAGCUUCGUUUUAUGUGUCAUUGGUUUUGAUCUGGAUACCAGGAUUUUUUACAAACCUUCUUGCUCUUUUCUUUAUUAUUCGUGAUAUAAAGAAAGCGAUUUUUCCCGCCAUAGUGCUGUUGCUCGUGUUAUGCACGAGCGAUUUAAUAGCGACAUGUUUCUCUUUCACACAUAGCAUGCUGAAAAUGUUUGUUCCUGGUUUUGAUUAUGAUAAGUGUGCAUCACUUUCUAUUCUCCAUGCAUUUUUCAAACUUUAUUCGGGAGUUAUGAAUGUGUUAAUGGCGGUUGACCGCGUGAUGGCGAUAUGCACACCAUUCUAUUAUAAAAGACACGUGAGUGUAAAUACGUGGAAAGUUGGUUCCCUAAUUGCUGCAGCCGCCGUUGCUACCCUCAACCUUUUCCCAUUAAUGGGACUAGGCAGUUUCACAGGCAUCCGAAACACGGGCGAAAUCUACUGCACUUCUGUUGGCUAUAAAGCCAAGUGGAUUGAGAGAGUAUAUGGAUUUGCAUUCAGCUUGGCGGGAAUUAUAUGUAUAUUCGCCAUUGUUGGCUUAAAUGCUGUAUUGAUUCGAGCUCUCUUGCGACUCAGCUCGAAAGUUGUUAGUUUUGUACCGUCCGAGACAACGAUUAGUACUACAGGGAACGACAGUAACUCCUCGAAAGCAAACCAAACUUCGUUCGAAAUUGCCUUUGCUAAGUUAAUGCUUGGCCUAGCUACAGUAUAUCUUGUUUGUGAUACACCCUACAACGUUUUAUUUUUUCUGCAACAGUUCAACAUUACGCUGGAACAGGGUGUAGCGGGUUAUAUCCAUCUCCUCGCUGGCUUCAGUUAUACAUGUGAUCCGAUGGUAUAUAUCCUAAUUCGAAAGACAAAGAGAAGUCGCCUCAAAGAUUUAUGCUGCAACAGAAAUGGUUCAAAUGUGACCACGAACUAG